UUCCAUGCAAAUGUGAGCUUGCGAAUUGUAUUGCAAUCAUUCUGUUUUCGAAUUUGGUCUGAACUGCAACACACAGAAUUUCUAGCUAAACAUCAUGGAUGAGGAUCUGACUCCCGAGCAAAUCGCCGUGUUGCAAAAGGCCUUCAACAGUUUCGAUAAUCAAAAAUGCGGCAGCAUCUCAACUGAAAUGGUCGCUGAUAUUCUGCGUCUUAUGGGUCAGCCCUUCGACAAGAAGAUCUUGGAAGAAUUGAUCGAAGAGGUCGAUGAAGAUAAGUCUGGUCGUUUGGAAUUCGAGGAAUUCGUUCAACUCGCAGCCAAAUUCAUUGUUGAGGAGGACGAUGAAGCCAUGCAAAAGGAGUUACGUGAAGCCUUCCGGCUCUAUGACAAACAAGGCAAUGGCUACAUUCCCACCUCUUGCCUGCGUGAAAUUCUCCGCGAAUUGGAUGAUCAGCUGACCAAUGAGGAGUUGGACAUCAUGAUUGAGGAAAUCGAUUCCGAUGGUUCCGGUACCGUCGAUUUCGAUGAAUUCAUGGAAAUGAUGACUGGCGAAUAAAUAUUUAUUCUAAUAUUUAGCUAUAUAUUAGAAACAUUUGAUUUUAUUUUUGUACAGAAGUUAUGGCUGUGUAUUAGAUGCAUGCCCACAAACCAGAACAGCGAAAUGUGGCAUUUCACAGCUAAC